AUGGCUUGCAGUGGAUCAAGCAGCCUGUCGGUGGUGAGUAAGUCUGUUACCAAACAGGAAAAACAAACCCUGGCGGUCCACUGUCACUAUGAUCAGUAUUACAGGAGCUAUGUGAAGUACUGGUGCAAGGGGGACAACUGGCACUACUGCAGCUCUCUAAAGAGGACAGACUCACCCGAGACACCUGGAGACAAAAUAACCAUCAGUGACGAUCAGACCCGGGGAGUGUUCACUGUGACCAUGAGGGGACUGGAGAAGGAGGAUGCAGGCUGGUACUGGUGUGCUAUAGAAAAACUUUGGUCUGAUCUAGGAAUUUCUCUCAACCUUACUGUUGUAGAUGCACCAAUCAAAGUUGCAGCUCCCAGGAAAAAAACAACAACCACGAUAUCAACAACGACAACAACAACCAGAAAACAUACAAGCACAAAACAAGCAACUUUAACUUUAGCCAAUCAAACAGGCAUCACUGCAAACAGUGGAGAGGAGUCCUCUGCCUGGGAGUUCUGGACUGUGUGGGCUGUUCUCCGCUGGCUCCUGUGUGCAGCUCUACUCGGCUCUGCAGCUCUGGUGCCAUGGGGCUUUCACAGCAAGGAAGGAAGCAAGAGCCACACUUGUAAUUGGGGACAAGCCGUCUUGAACUCAGAAAUGAAGUUUCGUUUCCUUCUCCUCCUGGCUACUCUACAAGGUGCUGGUGCUUCCAAAGUGUGGUUGAACACAAUUGACGGGAUAAACGGCGACAAAGGAGGAUCAGUUAGUGUCCAGUGUCACUAUGAUCGGUACUUCAUCACCAAUGUGAAAUACUGGUGCAGAGGGAAAGUGUGGCACUCCUGUAAGGUUAUUCAAAGAUCCCAUGAGAAGCAGAGGGAAGAAGAUAAAGUGUCAAUCAGUGACAAUCGAACCCAGAGAGUAUUCACAGUGACUGUGAGGAGACUGGAGAAGAAGGAUGCAGACUGGUACUGGUGUGGUAUUGAAAGAGUAGGGAUUGAUGAAGGAACCCUACUGAACCUCAAAGUUGCUGAUGCAACAGCAGUCUCUACAGUGAAACCCUCAUCGAAUCCUCCGUCGAGUAACAGCCCCGCAGACACGCAGAAACAACCAGGCAGCAAGAUUGUAAUACUCACAGCAACCUGUGGAGUUCUUCUUAUCCUCAUGGUAACAAUCACUCUUUGUAUAAGAAAGACCAAGUCCAAAGAGGGGGGAGGAAAGAAAAAAGGAUCGGAGACCAACAUUUCUCCUUCAGGAGAGCAGGAGGGGGAUGUGACGUACACCACAGUGUCGUUUCAAAAGGGAAAGGCCUCCCAAGGACUAGACAGACCUCCCUGUGACAGUGUUACAUACGCCUCCUUGGCAUUUUAGAGGAAGGAUCAAAGCCAAGGAGCUCCUGGAACACUGGUCAAGGAAGUGUGGAGCAAUCCCGCCACGCCUCUGUAUGCAGCUAUUAAAAACCCCCAACUCCCAAGAAACCAGAUCCAUGCUCUGCCUUCCCAGCUCAUUCCUGCAGCUCAUCUAAAGCCUUACUGCCGGCAAACAAAAGCGACUCAGAGAGAACCUAGCUAAGCAUUCCUUGUUUACUGUAUUGAUUUAAUUGGGUGAUACAUUUUUUAUGUGUUUGAAUUGAAUAGUUAUGUUUUGUUAGCUUUGUCUACUUUCUCUGGGAAUGUACUGUAUUUGCAUUUAAAGUGACACCAGACACUGUUAUCUUGUUAACAAACCUGUUACUUCACGGUUCUUCCUCCUCUGCUGGUCUUACCACAGUCAAUUUUGCUGUUUUACCAUGCUUUUUUCUUGGUUAUAUCAUGCACGGACCAUAGAUUACCCUGGUUUUCUAUGUUUUUUUUUAAUAUGAUUUACUAUACCUCU